AGAAAUAUAUGGAUACAAACACUUGAAUGCUCUACCGCCAGCAGGGAGUUUUUUUUGAGGAUUCUAGAGGACUUGGUCUAACCAACUACAGAGAAUACUUAUGGACUUUUGGCGGCAUCCUUUGUGUCACAUUUAAAUGCAAAAAUGGGCUGUUCUCCAUCCAAAGGAAAGUUAUUUUCAAAGCAAGAAGGCCCUGGACUUCAAAAAGCUCUUCUAGUUGAACCCUCAAAGGACAGUGUGAAUUCUAGACCUCCAGAGGAGGUGAACUCAUGUUUGAGGACCAAAGAGGAAGAUAAUGAACUUCCACUACCCACUGAAGAACAUUCUACCAAAAAUACAGCAGGGUGUCAGUUGGCCUCUGACACAUCUGUCCAAAAUAUACUGGACACUAAAGAAGCAGAGGUGAAUGUGACUUACCAAGAGGUAGUACAAAACGACAAGAGCACUGGGAGGAAAAAUAAAGGUAAUAGCAGAACUACUGAAAAGAAGAGGAUGCCCUCUGUUCUUCACAAAAACGUGGAUUUCCCCCCAGCCAUGGUGAGGGCUCACCAAGCAGCAUAUGCCUUCAUGAACCAAAAUAUCUCUAAAUAUGAGACCCUGUUAGGCCUGCUGGACCAGGCUGCCCAGACACAGUUGUCUCUCCAGCCCAUGAUAUCUGCUUUGAUUUUGCGAUUUGAGGAGAUAAACCAGGCACUAGAGGAAAUGGCUGAGGAGGGGGAAUUGAUGUGGAAGGAACAUGGGGACUACAUGGCCAUACCUUCUGGGAUGAUGACCCCUCCUGUUAUGUCAGUUAAACCUGGCACUGACGCAGCCGACACUUCUGAUCCACCUCCAAAUCUAUUACAACAACUGCUCCAUCAUUCAACCGAGAAAAUUAGGCUUGUGGGGGGCUCAGUCCAGGCAAUAGGUGACACCAAACUGGACCAGGCAGUGGAAUAUUUUUCUUCUAAUUCUAAACUGAUGGUUGAGAAGCUCCAGGCCAAGCAGGACGCAGAACAAAGGUUGACUCAUGUGUUGUCACAAGUAGAGGUAGCUGCCAUGGGGAAGUCUCACACUGGGGACUCUACACUGCACAGUGAGGACAGCGGCAUUGGGGGAGAGAAUGAGAGUCUGCUAGGGUUUGAUAGGCACCACAGCUUCCCUGGAAGUAUAUCUAGCCAAGUAGCCCGAAAUAAAGAUGGUGAUAAGAAAAAAAGGAAGAGGUCAAACUCAUCACCUUCAAAUCUCAGUCAAAACCUUCUCUAUAUGCAUGCAAAAAACAUGGAUAAAGAACCAAUGACUGCUAUCUCUUUAAAAAAGUCUGAACACUCCACCGUAUGUAUCAACAUAAUGAUGGAGCUACAAAAGAGCCAGAAAGACUUGGAUCAGCGAAUGAAAAAGAUGGUUAUAACUGAAGGAAAGAAAGUGUUGGUUGGGCCUCCCUUUAAUCUGUUCAGAGCUGGACUGAGACGACAUUCAUUAAGCGCAUCAGCAGGUGCAGAAAAAGGACGAAUAAUUAAAUCAUCUUGUUGCUUACCAAUGUUAGCACCCCAGCCUCCGAAGCACCAUUCUGUCAGAAGGCUUAUAAAUACCUUUAGCCAAGUGGCUGAUGGGAAGCCAGGGCAGAGACUUGCAAAUGUUCCAUCUCAUAUCGGAAGGAAAAGAAAAUCUGGCAUUGUCCUGUUUACUGACAGAGUAAAGAGUAACGACAGGUGUUUAGUCAUCAAUGGCAACAAUAACAACAACAGCUGGCCUGAUGAAUUGGAUAUGGACAACCUACCACCUCCGCCCCCAGAGGUUCUGCUGGACAACUCCUUCCAGAGUACUGAAAGCAUACCAAGUAAUGUGGAAGGGUUGCUGGGAGACUUGGUUCAGAGUCCCCCAAUGAUAAACCAAAAGACUGGAGUCACCCAGCGCUUGAAGGCUUCUGUGCACAAUGUAGAAGUGCUGCCAAACCGAGAAAAUUUGAGGCACAAAUUGAACAGUGUUGCCCAUCCUGUCAAGAAAGAUGCUGUUACAUCAGCUCAAGAUGAAGAGCAGCAACCAGAAAAUGAUCUUGAUGCAGCAAUGGAGAACGCUAACUGCUUCUAUGAACAAUCCUGCAAGAUCAGACACCAGUUAAAUGCAGCAGAAUCUUCUAACAAGAUAAAUAUGGGAGAAAUGAGAAGCCAAGAACCGCCACCCCAUCAAGCCACAAUGAGCCAGAGAUGUGAAAGCAAAGAAUAUUGUGAGGGUGAGAUUUUCUCUUGUAGCCUGCCUGUGACCGCACCACCUGUCUCUAGAGUCCGCCUACCACCAUAUUGUCCCUCUGUCCAUCACAGAUUUCCAAGCCCUCCUGUGUGUAGACCUCUAACCUCCUCUAAGCCAUCUUCUCGCCCAAGUUCUCCCAGAGCUGUGACACGUGCCAACGACAGCAACACUAAAAAGAUCAUUCCAUCUGUAUCCUUCAAUGAUGCUCGUUUGGUCUUCUGUCAAAGUGAGUCACAUAACUCUCAGACACGCUUGUCAUUGGAAAGUUCUGUGCCUCCCAUACCUUGGGGAGAGGUCUUCCGUGGCAGGAUAACCACAAGAGAGAAAGACAACUCUACCCGCCGCACCCAAUCAGAGCAGAGGCAUAAUUUAACUCAUUCAAAGUUUUCCGAGGAUGGUAGUUCAGCCCCUGCUCAGGAAAAUGGGAGUGAGCCUGAUUCUACAAAAUAUAGGCUGAUGAUGGGAAAUGAUGACCAGUUGGACCUAAGUGUGCUGUGACAACAGCCUAGAGCCCCGCUGUGAUUGGCCAGGGUUUCUAAAGAAGAAUAUCAUGUGGGAAGAGAAUGGAGAAGGGGAUUAUGGAAGAGCGGGCUAGUCAAAUUAAGCCACUGUCUCCUUUCCUUCUUUUCAUAAUAAAAUAGGUUUGUUCUAACUUUGGUUUAAGAGAGCUGGGAGACUUGGUUCAGAGUCCCCCAAUGAUAAACCCAAAGACUGGAGUCACCCAGCGCUUGAAGGCGUCUGUGCACAAUGUGGAGAUGCUGCCAAACCGAGAACAUUUUAGGCACAAAUUGACCAGUGUCUUGCUUGUCCAUCCUGUCAAGAAAUAUGCUGUUACAUCAGCGCAAGAUGAAGAGCAGCAACCAGAAAAUGAUCUUGAUGCAGCAAUGGAGAACGCUAACUGCUUCUAUGAACAAUCCUGCAAGAUCAGACACCAGUUAAAUGCAGCAGAAGCUUCUAACAAGAUAAAUAUAGUAGAACUGAGAAGUCAAGAACCUCCACCCCAUCAAGCCACAAUGAGCCAGAGAUGUGAAAGCAAAGAAUAUUGUGAGGGUGAGAUUUUCUCUUGUAGCCUGCCUGUGACCGCACCAUCUGUCUCUAGAGUCCGCCUACCACCAUAUUGUCCCUCUGUCCAUCACAGAUUUCCAAGCCCUCCUGUGUGUAGACCUCUAACCUCCUCUAAGCCAUCUUCUCGGCCAAGUUCUCCCAGAGCUACGACACGUGCCAACGACAGCAACACUAAAAAGACCAUUCCAUCUGUAUCCUUCAAUGAUGCUGGUUUGGUCUUCUGUCAAAGUGAGUCACAUAACUCUCAGACACGCUUGUCAUUGGAAAGUUCUGUGCCUCCUAUACCUUGGGGAGAGGUCUUCCGUGGCAGGAUAACCACAAGAGAGAAAGACAACUCUACCCGCCGCACCCAAUCAGAGCAGAGGCAUAAUUCAAAGUUUUCCGAGGAUGGUAGUUCAGCCCCUGCUCAGGAGUGAGACUAAUUCUACAAAAUAUAGGUAAUGCUGUGGUUAUAGUUAUUUCUCUUUUCAAAAAGCACUACCUAUCCUAUUUUUUCCAAGUAUGACUUAAUACAAUCAAUAAAUCAAUAUUAAUUGCACAAAAAAAUAUUUUUAAGUCUUUAUUGAACAAAGAGAGCGUUAUUAAUGUAAUGUACUUAAUUUUAGGUCUUUUUUUAUCUAAAUUGUUGUCCCAAUUUACUUAGAAUUGUUAAUUGGAAACAAAAUAAAGAUCAGAUAAUUGUGGGACAGGCAUUAUUGGUAUAUUCAAAUUACCUAGUAAGGUUAGUUUAUCAAUAGGGGGGGGUCAUUUUUUUUAAACAUGUUCUAUUUAUAUACAUCCACUUAUGCUCAAACUUGGAACAAGGGAAGGAUUUUUUUCAUCAUAUAAAUUGUGCACUUAACUGGACAGCACAGUAGACUUGGGACCAGAGGUGAGACAUAAACUUGGACACACAGUUUAAGUCAUAUGUUGAUGCAUUUAUAUGUAAGUCUAGUAUGUCUUUAUACCUCAUGCAUAUACAUGUAUAUAUUCAAUAUACUUGUAUGUUUAAAGAAUAAAGUGAAUAUGUUACUGGUAGAAAAUAGUAAAAAAGUUUGGCUAGUUAGAAGAUCCAAUAAAAAUUACCAGGAACUGACCAACAGCACCUAACCCAAAUAAUGUGCAGAAGAAAAGAGUAAAGAAAAUAAAUGUUUUAAGAUGGGGUAGAGGUAAUGCUGGAUUACUCAACGUUUAAAGCAGGCAACUUCCCUGUACAACGCCCAAAAGAUUUUUUACGAUAAUGUAAUAAUUAAAGCAGUAUAUAAGGAGAGGAGCAUUAUUCUUUGAUUGAAUAGCAGGAUUUCUCUGUGUCCUUAUUUAGAAGCAUAUCUAGCCUAUAUUGUAUGUUAGAUCUCUACAUUUGAUUAGUUUGAAGUUAAAGAUACAUAAACAAAUUCUGCUCUAGCAUCCUAGUGCAACCCCAAAUGUAUUUUUAAAUAACAAACCUGUCAUAAGUACUUCUUCAUAUCUGUUUAAUCCCAUUUUCGACUUUCAUUUUGUUCUGAUACGAGUGAAUAUCUGUUCAAAGCCAGUCUUAUAAUUUUCUUGUUCUUUUUAUUUAUUUAUUGGUGGUGGGGUGGGGGGUUGAUUCUGUUUUGACAAAAUGAUAAAAUAGUAGCUGAGAACACUUCUAGUGAUGGAUUUUUAACAAAACGCAGGAAUGGCUUACCUAACAGCUGAUGAUUGAGAAAGCUCUUAUCUGGUGAAUAUGAAUCAGGAAAUUAAGUUUCUAGACAGCAAAGCUACCUUUCUGGAGAGCUCGGUUCUUUACACACUAGAGUCCCUGGUCAAAUUAGUAAUUGUGAUAAAGAUGAUUUGAAAAUCGUUUUUUGGCUACUAAGUGAGUGUGUGUGUGUGAGUGUGUGAGAGUGUGAGUGAAUGUCAAUUAUACUUUAGAGUGUUUAGAGUUUUUCUUGGAUUUUACCAAAUAGUUGUAUAGAUUAUGUAAUGUGUCUAUACAUUGUCCUUAAGCAGGGGCGGAUAUUUAUAGUACAGAGUAUAUGUAUAUAUACACUCCUGAUCAAAAUCUUAAGACCAGUUAAAAAAUUGCAUGAAUUUGCAUUUUGCACUGUUGAAUCUUAGGAAGGUUCUAAGUAGAGUUUCAAAAUGCAGAAAGAAGAAAUGGGAACAAGAGACCAAACGUUGUGAGCAGGCAAUUUAUUGAAAACAACAAUUUAACUGAAGUAGGCUGUUCAUCAGCUGAUCAAAAGUUUAAGACCACAGCUCAAAAAAAAAAAAAAAACCUCCUUAAACAGAAAUUAAAGUGUCAAAAACUGACUCAGUAAUGAGUAGCUCCACCAUUAUUGUUGAUCACUUCAAAAUUCGUUUUGGCAUGCUUGAUGCAAGUGUUUCCAAAAGGCUAGUGCGAAUGUUGCACCAAGUGGUGAAGAUGGCUUCAAGAAGGGCAUCCACUGUCUGGAACUGAAGUCCAUUUUUGUAAACUUCCCUUGCCAUCAUCCCCAAAUGUUCUCCAUUGGAUUAAGAUCAGGGGAACACGCAGGAUGGUCCAAAAGAGUGAUGUUAUUCUCCUGGAACAAAGUCUUGGUCAGAUGGGCAUUGUGAAUUGGAGCGUUGUCCUGCUGAAAAACGCAGUCGUUACCACACAGACGAGGGCCCUCAGUCAUGAGGAAUGCCCGCUGCAACAUCUCCACAUAGCCAGCUGCUGUUUGACGCCCCUGCACAACCUGGAGCUCCAUUGUUCCAUUGAAGGAAAAAGCACCCCAGAUCAUGAUUGCGCCCCCUCCACUGUGGCGCGUAGAAAACAUCUCAGGUGGCAUCUCCCUGCCAUGCCAGUAACGUUGGAAGCCAUCAGGACCACCAAGGUUAGAUUUUUUCUCGUCAGAGAAUAAAACUUUCUUCCACCUUUGAAUGUCCCAUGUUUGGUGCUCCCUUGCAAAGUCUAAACGGGGAAUUUUGUGGCGUUGAAGGAGACCUGGGCUUUGAAGAUGUUUCUUGUUUUUGAAGCCCUUACUUCGCAGAUGCCGUCUGAUGGUUAUUGGGCUGCAGUCAGCACCAGUAAUGGUCUUAAUUUGGGACGAGGAUCGUCCCGUGUCUUGACGGACAGCCAUUCGGAUCCUCCGGCUCAGCGCCGGUGAGAUUUUUUUGGGUCUACCACUUGUUUUUUUUGUUCCAUAACCCUGAGGAUCUUUUAAGAAAUGCAAAAUGACUGUCUUACUGCGUCCAACCUCAGCAGCGAUGGCCCGUUGUGAGAGGCCUUGUUUAUGCAGUUCAACAAUCCUAGACGGUGAGCUUUUUUGCCUUUGCCAUCAAGAGAUCUUCAAAGUGUGAUUACUUGACAGGAAAUGACAUGGAAUCCAAAGUUUUGCACAGAUUUUGGCUUUUAAAGGCUGUGGUCUUAAACUUUUGAUCAGCUGAUGAACAGCCUAUUUGAGUUAAAUUGUUGUUUUCAAUAAAUUGCCUGCUCACAACUUUUGGUCUCUUGUUCCCAUUUCUUCUUUCUGCAUUUUGAAGCUCUACUUAGAACCUUCCUAAGAUCCAACAGUGCAAAAUGCAAAUUCAUGCAAUUUUUUAACUGGUCUUAAGAUUUUGAUCAGGAGUGUAUAUACUUUGCUGGUACUGACAAUAGGGUCCUUGUGAUGUGCUAGGCCCCUGUCACCUGGCUCUCUCCCUGGAUAUCAAUCAAUCAAUCAAAUUUCAUUUGUAUAGCCCAUAUUCACGAAUUACAAUUCAACUCAUAGGGCUUUAACAGGGUGUGACAUCCUCUGUCCUUAACCCUCAGCAAGAGUAAGGAAAAACUACUAA